AUGGGUCGUAGUGAAUAUUGUUUGGCCGACUCAUUUUCGGGCAAGUGGACCACAAUGCAGACCAAGAUUAGCAAUUUUAACAACAUACAUAAUAAUCUCGUCAACAAUCUUAGAAGAAGAAGCGGUUCGAGCGACGUAAACAUUAUGACCGCCGCCCACAACGACUAUAGAGUUAAUGACAGGAAUGCGUUUACGAUGAUACCUUCGUGGGAGCUUCUUCGCAAAUCUCCCAAGUGGCAUCUUGUACCGCCGUUUGACCCAACGGCCCAUAGGUCAAAAUUGUCCAAAUCAACAUCCACUACCGAACCAUCCGAGUCCGAUGCUCGUACUACUAUUAAUUUAAACGACGACUUCGAGGAAUUUGGACAACCGCAAGAGCUGCGACGACCAAAGGGUAGGGAUAGAAGUAAGGCAGCUGCACGAGCACGAGACAGGUCUUCUUCAACGCCAUCGGAUGACCCGACAAGGUUGGACGAGUUCGACAAUAGACUCAACAAUCUUCUCUCGAUCAAGGAAAAGGAACAAUAA